AUGGAGAAAGAUCACGAUUCACGUAGAUCUCGCUCAACCAGCACAGAUUCAGACUCGACAAGAUCAAGAACCCAGUCGCGCACACGCAGCCUGGUAACAUCUAUCAGAUCGAAAGUCAAUACAGACACCUUAAACCGCACUUAUUCAGGAUCAUACCCGGACGACACGGCUGCUUACGGGGCGGAUUCAGAUUCAGAUGAAGAAUUUGUGGCGCAAGACCCUGAAGUUGUCGGAACUUCCCGCCAAGGAGACUUAGAAAGAGGUCUAGGUGCAGGUGCGGGGCAAGUCCUCGAAAAGUCAAAAACAGGGAGAUCUACACUGGCAAACUCCAAACUGGUAACAUGGGAUGGACCAGAUGACCCUGCGAAUCCAAAGAAUUGGCCAUCAAGCAAAAAAUGGGCUGCAGUUGUCAUGGUUUCAUUAUUCACGUUCAUCUCGCCCGUUUCUAGUAGUAUGGUUGCACCAGCUCUUGAUGCUCUAAAAGCAGAUCUAAACAUAUCUUCUGAGAUUGUGACUCAAUUGACCAUGUCUAUCUUCAUCCUCGCAUAUGCCGUUGGUCCGCUCUUUCUCGGUCCUCUGUCCGAGGUAUACGGUCGAACUAUCGUCCUCCAACUAUCCAACCUGUUCUUCCUGGUCUUCAACAUCGGCUGCGGAUUUGCCCAAACUACAACCCAAAUGAUCGUCUGUCGGUUUUUCGCAGGUUUAGGUGGUAGCGCACCACUAGCAAUCGGUGGUGGUGUCCUCUCGGACUGCUUCCUCCCAGAACAACGCGGCAAAAGUCUCGCAAUCUACAGUCUUGCUCCAUUACUCGGCCCAGCAGUAGGCCCAAUCGCAGGAGGCUUCAUCGCCGAAAACGUAACCUGGCGCUGGGUAUUCUGGUCCGUCUCUAUAGCCGACGCCGCCGUCCAAAUAGGUGGCCUAUUCUUCCUCCGCGAAACCUACGCCCCGAAACUCCUCCACGACCGCGCAAAGCGCCUCUCCAAAAGCACAGGCGAGCAACACCACACAGAAGCAGAGCUUCAAAAGAUUCCCUUCGCUCAGAAACUACGAACCUCUCUCGUCCGCCCAUUCCGUCUCCUUCUCACACAGCCCAUCGUCCAAGUCCUAGCAAUCUACAUGGCCUACAUCUACGGCCUAAUGUACCUCAUGCUAUCCACCUUCCCAUCCCUCUGGACAAGCAAAGAAUACUACCACGAAUCAUCCGGAAUAGGAGGCCUAAAUUACAUCUCCAUCGGAAUAGGAUUCUGGGUCGGAUCCCAAAUUUGUGCUCCGAUGAUCGAUCGAAUCUACCGCGGCCUUGCAGCACGGAAUGGCGGAGUGGGACGUCCGGAAUUCAGAAUCCCUUUAAUGAGCAUAGCUGCCAUUCUCCUCCCGUCGGGAUUGUUUAUUUACGGAUGGACAGCUCAAAAGCAUUGUCAUUGGAUUGCGCCGAAUAUCGGUGCCGCGAUGUUCGGCAUGGGUACUAUUAUGGCCUUUCAGUGUAUUCAGACGUAUAUGGUUGAUACGUAUACGCGGUAUGCGGCGAGUGCGUUGGCGGCUGGUGCAUUUCUGCGAUCACUUGCAGGAUUUGGGUUUCCGCUUUUUGCGCCGUAUAUGUAUGCAGCGUUGGAUUAUGGGUGGGGAAAUAGUUUGUUGGCGUUCGUGUCUAUUGCGAUUGGGAUUCCGGCGCCGAUUUUCCUGUGGAAGUUUGGUGAGGCUUUGAGGAAGAAGAGUCCUUUUGCCGCGGGUUGA